AGCGGUUUUUGGGCCCAGACCCAUGGGAGGGAUGCCCUGGACGUGUAGCGCGCGGUUGGCCGAAAGCCGCCAGGCCGCGCUGCCAUGACCCAAAAAGGGGACACGUACUCUGCAUACGCUCCGAGAGGGCAGAACAAUGCUGUCCAGGAUCACACGUCCACACUGGUCUCCGGGCUCUACCACGACUGUUCAGAGGGAGAUGGAGUCUCAUUAUUCAGUUUCUGCAACUUCCUUGCUCACCAACGACUUUUGUCCUGGGAGUUUGACCACAAGCAGGCAUUGGAGGCCUUCAGACAAUACAGUGGAGGCCCUGAGCAUCCAGAGGAUGCUCUAGACACGGCGCUGCUCGAUGCGAAACAGUUUCGCUCCGCACUGCAGGGCCUGGCCAUCAUGUUCCAUGGCGCAACAUACGGCCUGAAGGCUGCAGAUUUUCGCUUUGAGAGGCAGAGCACAACAGACCCCCGCUCAAGCGACCGGCUUGAUCGCAGGGCGAGUGGCAGGAAUACCAACUUUGCUGGAGAGGCAACUCACAAGAUUCAAGCACUGCAGGACCUCCUGAGAGACGUCAGCCUCCGUAACAGCGAGGUGCCUUUUAGCUUGAAGAAUGUCAGUGAGCAGCGCACUGCCUUCUUCGAUGAACAGGUAAUGCAAACCGCCUACGAGUACGAGCAUGCACUCAGAAAGCUCUUCACACACUACGCAACUGAAGCUUCAACGCCAGGAGUUGUCGAGGAUCGUGCUCAUGCUGUUGGUGCGCGGUCUUUGUACCGUUUGGCACGCGCCAUCCGACUGGUGCCCGACUGUGUUGUCGCAGGUGAAUUCCACGAUGUUGUGCAGUGCUUGCGAAUUAGCAACCCCUCGAAGUCCGUGGAGCGCCGUUUUUUUGAGGAGGCACGGAUGCUCCAGCACGACGAGGACACAAAUUGGAUGCAGCCUGCUGCGGGCACUGCUUCCGGGGAGCCGCGUUUCUGGUUUCCCGAGAUGGUGGAGAUCUUUGUGGUGGCUGCCAUGCAUGCUCCGCCUCGAAUGUACACAGAGAAGGUGGAGGAUCGCGUGGAGCGCAUCCACAUGAUUUUCAAGGACCUCCUGCAGCUGCCGCAGGAUGAGGAUGGCAAGGAGCUCCAGGCAGACCAGUUCCUGCAGGUGGCUUCUGGCCUAAACGACGUGAAGGAGUUGCAACCUGAUGACACCCCGCAGAAUCUGCAAGAGGUGCUGGAUGCGCUGUGCACCCAGUUGCCCAAGCUGGCGCCAAAAAAGGAUCCGCAUAUACCUCAACCACCAGCGAAUAUGAUCGAGAAGCUUCCACCUCAGCCACUCUCGGUGGAGCAGAGAUUGGAUGAGACUAUGAGGAAGAAUCCCACUGGACGAGCAGCGGUUGCCGCAAAGAAGAAGGGGCGGAAGAAAGCGAAGGCAGCAGGCAAAGGGCCAAAGUUGCGGGAGCACUUCUAUGGCGACAUUCCAGUAAAGUGGAACCAGGUCCAAUGGCUUGGCAAAAGACCAGAGAUUCCCAAGCCGGCCAUUCCACCCAUGUGGCAGGUGGACCGUAAAAUCUCAAUGCUGAAGCACUUGGAUGACCACAUCGAGAGGCAGCGGGAGGAGUCCAGCACUGCCAACAUGCCGACAAGUGGCUGGGUGCUGCGGCUUCAGCUCAUUGAUGAGCCCCUUCAGGCACCUGUGUGUGAGAGCGAAGAGGUAUCUACGCUCAUGGAAACCGCCUUGACAUCUCGAAGGCUGCGGCAGUACAGCGUGGCCAUGGCCUUGCUGAUCCGGGCCCGAAAGCUCUGGGCCAAUCUCCAGGCCAAGAGCUCAACGGCGACGGAAUGGCAGGACGUCCAGGCCUGGGUUCCGACGCCCUCUCCUUGGAACACCUUGCAGCAGUUUUCCAGGCAUGCGCAGGAAAUCACCAUGCGGGCAGCGCCUGAAAUGCAGGUGGUGCACGACAUGCAGGAUCAGCUAGAUGCUACCAUCCACACAGGUGACAUGCAGCGCACGGAGAAGCCGAUGCUCAGAAGUCAGACGGAGGCUUUGACUCAAGGACCUGUGAGCAAAGAUUGGAGCAGAAGUCAGACAGAUGGUGCGCAGACCUUCCGUGGUGCUACGCAUGCUGGCAAUACCGCAGGCGAGACAAGGCGUCCGCGAACCAGCAGCAAGUCUUCGCAGUCUGCCCGGGGUCGGUCUCCGACAUGCAGAAUGACUGAAACUGGAUUUGCAAGGAGCUACAACCCCAAGACGGACUUUGAGCUAGCGUUGGGGGACACUGACCGCGAUUUGGAGCGGCUGCCGCCGCAGGCAUCUCUAUUUUUCUUCUGCGAGCUGGCGUCGCUGCAUUCUGCCUUGCAGGAGGAUGAGCUCGCUGCGCUCCUUCUAUGGCGCGCGCAUGGCCAAUGCAAGAGGUUGUCGCCACACGACGUGAACACCGCCAUGGUAUGGAGCGGUCUUGGGCGUGUCGCCUUCCAUAGCGGCAACUUCGAAGCUGCUGCUCGCCUUCACAUGCGUGCCCGUUCUGUUCGCGAACGAGUCCUCGGCGGGGACACCGUUGACACGGCAACAUCCUACAACAACCUGGCCUGUGCUUUAGCUGCCCUGGACCGGCCCCUGGAGGCCGCAGCUUUCACCGAGCUUGCGGUGGAGAUCCUGAGGGAGAUGGCCGGGGAGGAUCACCCCCGGACACAGACAGUCAUCCGUAAUCUGGCCAAGGUCCGUACGGCCCCCAAGAAAAUCUCAAUGGAGGCACCAUGCCUGUACAGCCUUCCUUUGCACGACUUCACUCUCGCCUUGAAGGGAGGGUACAGCCGGCUGUGCGUAAGCAUUGAGCGUUUGCACUUUGAUGCAUACUUCAUGCAGCCAGGCGCAAAAAGAAGAAGAAAGGAAGCAGGUCUGGUUCGUCACGCUCAAGCAAAAGUUCCAAAUCCAAGAAGUGAGCUUGAUGCGCUGCACCAGACAUGUGCAAGUCCAUUGGACAAUCAUGCCGCGUAAUCGCAAUUUUAUACACGCAAGUAGGUGUAACAGGAUCAAUUCUUGCCAUCUUGAUAAUGAACCCGAAUCGCGUGCAGAACUGCAAUGCGAUCCAUAAUUAUAGAUU